AAAAGCUCUCUUCUACAACCAACCCUUGCCCUCUGCUUCCAGAGUGCAGGCCCCUGUGGCCCGGCAGAAUUGAGCCUAGUCUUCAGCUCGCUUUCCUGAAUAUAUCCGUUUAACACACAUGCUUUCCCCACCUUCUGAACUUGGGGGAACCUCACAGCGGAGGGUGUUUCUUGAUCUGUCUUUUGCAUUUUAUUCAGACUCAAAAUGUAAAUUGACCUGAUUGAUCAGACCUAGGAAAAGCCUUAAGUCACCUUUUGAACAGUGGAGACAAAAAUGCUAUCCGAACAGCUUCUUGCAGACUAUUAAAAACUGGUACAACAGGUCUCUACAGCAGCAGGAUCUAACUAAGCUUUAGAAGGUCAAGAAGUUUUAUGACUGACAAGAUUCGGCUCCAGAGCAGAUGACAUUUCAUGAGGUUAGCUGGGAGUAUGGCCACCCUGCUCCAUGAUGCGGUAAUGAAUCCAGCAGAAGUAGUGAAGCAGCGGAUGCAGAUGUACAAUUCACCUCACCAGUCAGCCCUGAGCUGUAUCCGGGCGGUGUGGAGAACGGAAGGGGUGGGGGCCUUUUACCGAAGUUACACCACCCAGCUGACCUUGAACAUCCCCUUCCAGUCGAUCCACUUCAUCACCUACGAGUUCAUGCAGGAACAGAUCAACCCCCAUAGAGAGUACAACCCCCAGUCUCACAUCCUCUCGGGAGGGCUGGCAGGAGCGGUGGCGGCAGCCGCCACCACCCCUCUGGAUGUCUGCAAGACGCUCCUCAACACCCAGGAAAACGUAGCCCUGUCUUUGGCCAACGUCAGUGGCCAUCUGUCGGGGAUGGCCAACGCCUUCCGGACGGUCUACCAGAUAAGCGGCGUCUCUGGGUACUUCAAAGGGGUCCAGGCAAGGGUCAUCUACCAGAUACCGUCAACAGCCAUUGCCUGGUCAGUCUAUGAAUUUUUCAAGUACUUCCUCACGAAGCAUAAGAUGGAAAAGCGAACUCCGUUUUGAAGGAACCAAUUACAGAGAGAAACUUUAAAUUUUUUUUUGGUUUUUUGUUAAAGGAUUUCCCUUUCCAAUUCCUCUUUUCCAUGCGUUAAGCUUUUCAAGCUUCCGGUGCAACCAAUCAUGAGUGGGAUUUCUGAGAGAGCCCUCCGUGGGUUAAUUCCUCCUUGCUUGGAAAGAGGAACUGGUGGAUUGUCUCUCACGAUGGCAGCCCCCACACAUAUCCCAAACAGUGACUGUUGGCAAAGAUUUUGUAUUAAAGCUGGCUGAUGCUUCAUCAUAACAACCACCUGCCCAGAAAUCUUCAGAGGGAGAGAAAAUUUGCCAUUUCCACCAGAAAUAUUUAGAAUUAUAACGAUGAAAGAAAUGGUAAAAGGUCCAUUAUACAACAUAAAAACAGAUGGAUAAUUUUUAUCCUUUAUUUUUCUAUAUAGGAGUUUUUGAAUUUGUGUGGUUGUGUGUGCGUGCGUGUGCACGUGUGUGUGGAAUGUAAAGACAUAACACAGCUGGAAUUUUAAAGCUGUUUUAAGGGCUAAAAUCUUUAAUCAGGAUCUAUAAGAAAGUACCAAAGUUAAAUUUUUAAUGCCAGAUGUGGCAUAAGAUUAUAGGGUUUAGCCCCCAAAUGUUUCACUUGAAUGUAAAUGGCAAACUUUUCAAGUUUAUACUUUGAAUUUCUUUUGUUGGACAAAAUGUGGUACAUUUAUUUUUCUCCUUCUGAUUCUUCCCUAUUUUUCUCUGACCUUUCUGUCUCAUCCAGACACCGUAUUUUUAAGACCCACUGUGAAAUUCCUUUACUGUACCUUAAAUCCACACCUGCACAAUAUUCUACGUGUGUAUUUUGGUACAUAGAUGGAUAUUCUAACUAGCCACGUAUAAAUUCAAAUGAAAUAUUUUGUGUGAAAUAAUAAAAAGCUUUAGAGUGCAGUAAGAUUGUUUUAUUUUUUUUUUUCCCCCUGCUUGUUUGGUGACAGUAAACCUUGGGUCUUGGUCCUCUGGGUGUUGAAAUACGAAAAAUAGCCUUAAAUUCCAAAGUUUGGCAAUGUGAAAUGCUGGUGUGUUUGGUUCUUCCUCUUCUCUUAACACCCUUUCCCCCAAACCCCUCCAUGCUCUGAAAUCCUAUGGUCUUUCCAGGAAAUUAUUUCUGCCUCCCGUUUCAGACCAAGUACGACAGUGCCCUUCUUUUCUGUUUUUCUGGCUCCUGCUUGCCCUGCCCCUUGCUUUCGCUUUCACCAAAGUCUGGUGUUUCUAGGAAAUAGCUACUGCACUUGAAGAAGAAUGUAUGCACGAGUAUUAUUAUCUCCUAAAAUUCUUUUUCUUUGAUAAAGUGGCUCAUAAUCCAGCCCAUGGAAUAUAACAAAUCUUGACUAUUUUACUACUUGAUCCAGGUUAUUCAAAUAAUUUUAGGUUGUCUUGUGUAGUGCAGAAGAGGGAAAUAUUUCCAAUACCUGAUGUCCAAAUCACGUUGCCUUUGGCCAUCUAGGUGGCUAGUUUGAAUAUCCAAAAACCAAAACCGAGGUAGUAGAUUGUGAAAACAAAGAGCUUAUAGUUUUUUCGUGUCUUAUUUUUAAAGUGGUUACUUUAAAAGAAAAUACAAACAUUUAAUGAGAUCUGCUGUGUAAAUUUACUGUCAGACCCAGUGGGUGAAAAAUGAAUAGCUUUGCUAAUUCCCUUUUUCUCUCUUCUUUCCCCAUUCUCAUCCUCCUACCCUUAAGUCACAUGUUGAUUCAUUUUGGUUAUUUGAAUGUUGAUUUUCACUGUGCUCUUGACUCUUAAGUCACCUUUAAAAGGCACAGCUGUUUAUUUUAGGUGGCAGGCAUUUUAUUCUAGGAAGAACUCAGUUCGACAAUUAGAGUGUAUAAUCCUUAGGAACACAUACCUGUACCUCGAGGUGAACACCGAGUUCCGAAGCAAGGAAUCCGUUUGACUGCCCAAAGCCCUCUUUCUUUCAGAUAGACACGUGGCAAAGUUAUUUCAUUUUGGGGGAAGUGACAGGGUCUGUCACUACACAGGUGAACACAUCCUUUUUUCUAAACUGGGAUGAGGAAGAGACCUGCAGCAAUGAUACUGGAUACAGCCUGGAUGCCUACAAAGGAGAUUUUGAACUCUGCCAGGAGGAGGGGAGUAUUCAGUUGAAAACUUUCUCUCCCUCACCUGCCAGUUCCCGGGCCCUUUUCACCAGGUGAAAAUAGACCACUACAGAGGUGAUCCGUGUUUGCUUAUGAAGUCUUGCCCAGAGCGUAAUUGGACAGGCGGCAUUUAGAAACUAGAUGAACCAUUUCCCAGGGCUUGGGGAAAGUGGGAUUUGAGACUACGUGUCCGUCGGUUUCAGUUCAAACCUGACUCUGCCAGUGUGAAGCUCUAAUUCAGUUGUUGAAUGUGAUUCUCCAUUGUCAGUUGUUGCUAACUGAGAAUCAAUCAGCCAAUUGUAUUUGAGUUCAGAACACUGUUUUAAGCACUUGGAAGAAAGUACAAUAAAAGAGUUGGUAGAUAUGUUCCCUGCCCACACAGAGCUCACAUGCUUAGUCUUAUCUUAAACAAAUGAUUGGUUUAAUUUGCCCCUAGCUCAGCCAUAUAGCCUCAGUGCCUCAGAGUAAUAGAAACUCCAGAUGGCAUACCACAGUAUUUUAAGUUGAAUUUUGAGUUCAGAUUGGCCUUAAGUAUUUUUAUAUAUUUUGGCCUUCUGUUAGGAAGGUCCAGGGCUGUGCAUUUAUUUGGAAACAAACUGAUUUUCCUGGGUAGAGGAUAUUUUGAUUUUUUGGUUUUGGUUUUUUUUUUUCAUUCCUGGGGUAUAAUUCUAUUCCUGUAAAUUCAAAUGGAUAUGUCUUUAUUUCAAAAUGCUAGAUCUCUAUUUAAGCUCACUGUGGUCAUGGAAUGUGUCUAUUAUAUUGUACUUUCCCAGGCACUUAGUGCAGUGCAGAGCACACAGUAAGCGCUCAAUAAUUACAAUUGAUAAGAUCUCCAUAGAAGCUAUGAUGGGUUGUGUUCUCUAGGGGAGUGUAUGGAUUUCUUCUACCAAUAACCUUUUAUUUAACUUUUGAUUUUAAAAGGUUUUUUUUUAUGUGAAAUACAAGUGUUCUGCUUCUGUGUCCCCCAAAAUAUCCACUAUAUUUUUCAAGGGAGAACUGGGUUUUUGUUGUUGUUGUUGUUUUGAUUUAAUACCUUUAGUUUUUUAUGAAAUCGAAUCUGCCUCUUCUCAUUGUUACGAAUUUUGUUUGGAAAAAACAAACCUGUAUUGAUGUGAAGAGUUUGUUUCCAAGUUGCUGCUACAGUCAUAGCACUGGAGCUAGAGAAAAAUAAAAGUGUUUUUAUCUCUG